UUAGGGACAUGUAUGAUAAACUUAAGGACCUAGGGCCUGCUAACUUCUACUACUCCAGUAUACCUUGCUCAGGCGAGAACAGACCCAAUCGCCAUCUGACUAUCGAACUCGAGCUUCAUGUGAAGGAUGGGUCACAAGAGAAUCGACUCUGAGUGGAGGGAGGUACAGGUGAUCAAUGGCUAUGCCGUGCUCAUGGCAUACUCUUUAUUCGUGUUUAGAGGUGUAGGCUUCCUGGUGGUUACGUGGAGCACGGUGGUUCUUCUCGGUGGUUUCGUCUCCAUGGUAGACAAGUUUGAUUUCUGGAGUCUCACACUGAUUACCUUCAUUGAGAUACUCUGGAUCAAUAACUCCCAAGUCCGUGAAAGAUUAAGCUAUCUUGAUGGUCUCUUCUCGAGCUUGGGUACGGUGAACAGGCUACUGAAGCGUAGCUGGAAGCUGGCAGACGAUGACCCUGACAUGCCAGUCGUCAAGAAACUCGUUGUAGCGGUUCGUGUGGUGAUAGGGUGGGUUCUAGCGCCGGCUCACAUGGUGGUGUCGUACCUAUGCAUCAUCUCUCUGGGAUGUCUCAUGCUGUUUGGGAUGGUCAUCACCACCUGGAUUUCCAUAAUCGGUUUAAAGCACCCUGACUAUUACGGAGACGCGGAUGAUGAGAGAGCAAACCUGGAUCCGGCCUGCAAUAUCUUGUAUGUUCUGUGUGUGAUCCAAGGUGCAUUGUUCCUGCAUUUUGCCAUCUUAGGGUUUUCUCAGACAAGGAUAGUGAAACAAGUGAGCCGGGCAUACGGCUUCCCGGACGAUAAGGCGGUUUCAGGCUACUUUCAUGCAGUCUGGGCAGGAUGCUCAAAGAGGCCCUCCUCCGCCAGAGAAAGGAACCUCAUCACAUAUGCUAUAGAGCUCAUGGAGUCCAAGGAGCCUUAUAGGUGCCUUUCCGGGACACUCAUACUAGAGAGGCUACUCGUCCGGGAGCCUUCAGGCAAGCCUAAAGCUCCUCAUAGUAAUUUGACCAAAGGGACUGUUUUUGUGGAUCAGCAGCGGUCAGAGGAGAAUACAGGUGCUCAUUCCAAUACAGGAGUGGAGGAGCAACAGCAGAAACCGGAGAUGGUGAUCAUCGAGCAGCAACGCAGCUUGAUAAAGAAGCUCAUCGGGUCUGCAGCCUACACCCACAUCCUCCAGAAACUGCUGGAAACACUGGAUUCAAAAAGCUCCAACGACAGAGAGAUGAGGGUGGCAGCCGCGAGGAUAGUGGAGCACGUUGCCACAGGUGGUGGGAUUCGCCUGGAGCAGUUCCCACGAGGAAUCCAAUGCAUAUCAUCCUUGAUCAGCACGUUCCAAGAAUCCGAGGCAGAAUCAUCCGACAACCAAGACACUGGGCGGCCAUCCUCCUCGUCCAAAGUUAAGAAGAGCAACGUCGACAACACCAACCCGCUCCAAAGAUACAGAGAUCUAGUGCUGACGGGUUUUCGUAUCCUCUGGAGCCUUGCAGGCAGCGAGGACAACAUUAUUGUCAUAAGCAACACCAUACAUCUUGUCUCUAAGAUCAUGGCGCCUGUUACGCACGACCUAGUGCACCGCACCCAUCACGGUGUGUGGUCCACUAAUGUGGUAGAGGGAUCACUGAAGGUGAUUCUUCGAUUCGUGACUGCAAAGGGGGAGCCUGCAGUCCAGAUGCGUCGACAGAUCUCGAGCAAUGACAGAGCAAUUGCCACCCUGGAGACUAUAGUCAAGUGUAGGCAAUGCAAAGGCGGAGAGCUGCAGAUGAACGCCAUGCAGAUCCUCGCGCAACUAUGCAUGGUUAAAACUGCAAGCAGAGGUACUCUUACUAAGAUCCUUGGGGAUAUCUUUACUAACGAUGUUGAUAGCUCCAUCAGAAGUACGGCUGGUAAGACACUGGUGGAAUUGUUUCUUGGCGGCGAUUGUCUUGCCAGCACCCUAUCCGAGGCCACUUUUGUAGGUGGUCUCGUUAAAAUACUUCUACAAGUUGGGGACAAUGGCACAUGUAGAGAAAGUGCAGCAGAAAUUCUGGAGCAUCUAUGUAAUCACUCUUAUGAGAAUUGCGAGGACCGCAGUACACUCAAGAAUGCCAUGACCGAUGUGAUGCCAAAGGUGCUCAGAGAAAUACUACUUGGUUGUGGGUCCACAGGAAAGAAAGGAAAACCUGGGUAUGUCAUACCAGAAACUGAUGUCGAGAGUGGGAGGAAAAAGAAGAAGAAGAAGCAUAAGGAUGAGAAGAAGACAAUGGAGAAAAAUGCCUCCUCCUCUCGUCACAACAAGCACCACAAGUUGCAUGUUACCCUUCUAUCCCUCUGCGUAACGGCGUGUGAGAAACUAGACCUCGAUAUCAACGCUAUUUCGCCAGGAGAUGGAGACGAAGGAGACAAAGGAGAAUGCGUUGCCUUUAAUUUUGCGAUGAAGAUGGUGCAGCUGAACGGUGAACUCAUCACCGUCAACUGCCUGGCACUGAUGAAGCUAACCACCAGGAUGGUGAUAGCAGAGAUGGUGAAACACAGGGGCCUCCUCAAUCCAGCUGACCUGGAGGGCCACAUGUGCUCGCUGUCCGCCGUCUCCGAGAACAUGAUAGAUCUCGAGAGCUCCAUGGUUUUCGACACGACGUGGGCGACGCCGGCCGCUGCCAAGACCCCCGCUGCGACGCUCGCCGUUGACAAGACCCUGGAUGACCUCGUGAAAGAAGCACAGAAACUCCACGGUGAACUCAAGGAGCAGUACUAUCUGGCAAUGCAGACUGUCAGUUAAUUUAGUCUGGUGUUAGAGUUUCAAGAGUUUCAGUUAGGGGUCGAUUUCUUCAGCUAGCGUGUCAGCUAUCUAUCAGGUUCUAGAUAGAAUCGUUGUUUAGGUCUUUGAUCCGAUCUGUACGCUGCAACCGUUUAGCUCGCACGUCCAUUAUGGGCAUCAUGUAACAGACACAAUUGAUAUCCUUGAGAAUAAAAGGAAGAGAA